AGAUGACCCAGAGGGCAUAUGAAUUAUUAUUGCUGUUUUCGAGGAGUUCACAUCCUGGGAUAUCAACCGUACAGUACGAAAGUACGUGUAGGAAGGAGUGUUUUAUUCUUCAAAGUCUAGCUAGCUAGCUCUGGCUCUCUCUCCCUCUCUCCCUCUCUCUACAUUAUACAUUAUACAUUGAUAUCCAGAAGUCUAGCGUGUCAUUUUGUUAAUUAAACUAGAGUGAGAAAAUGGCGCUGGUAACCAUCACGUACCAGGAUCUGCUGGAUUUUUGUGAAGAGGGCAAUUCCAAUGACAGUCUCCGACAGCGUCUGGUCAAUGACAUUGGGCGUGCCUAUGGCAGCAAUGGAUUGGGGAUUCUCUCUGUUUCAGGUGUCCCAGGUUUUGUGGAAUUACGAGAACGAUUGCUUCCUUUGGCUGCCAAAGUUUCCGAGCUACCCCCAGAAGAUUUGGAUAGCUGUGUCUCGGAAAAGGCUUGCUAUGCGGUUGGCUGGAGCCAUGGAAAGGAGGAACUGACGCCGGGAGUCCCUGAUUUGUCAAAAGGAUCGUUUUAUGCCAAUCCACUGGUGAACGAUUUGGUGGCGGCAAUGAUGCAGAGACUGCAUCAAAACUCCAAUGACAAUCCGCAAGAAGAGGAAGAAAGGCUCUGGCAGUUGAUUCAAGAUAAUUUUCCAUUUUUCGCACCCAACAUAUUUCCAUCGACGCUUCCGGAAUUGGAAACCGCCAUUUCUGAAAUGGGUCAAUGUAUUGCCAAAGUCGGACGAAUGGUUUCUAGGGUAUGUCGAGUAUUCUGCGAGCAACACGGCGUGUUGGUGGACUUGGAAAAGAUUCUGACCGAAUCACUCAAUUGCAAAGCACGCCUCUUGCACUACUUUGAGGCCAACAAUAAUAGUACACAACCUGAUGAGGGAGAUCAGCUCUGGUGUGGCUGGCACAAUGAUCACGGCUCCUUGACGGGGCUGGUACCAGCCAUGUAUCUGUCCACACAAAAACCUCAAAAGCAACUCCCUGCUGCCCCUGAUAGCAAUGCUGGUCUGUACAUUCAUUCACGUUCCAACGAGGUGGUCAAAGUGAGUCUCCCCACCGAUUGCAUUGGAUAUCAAAUUGGAGAAACCUUUCAGAUCUUAUCGGGAGGAUUGUUGCAAGCCACUCCGCAUGCGGUCAAGUCCACUCUCACAAAAGGCGUCACACGAGAAGCAUUUGCCGUCUUUUUGGAGCCCGAGUACGAGUUUCCCAUGACCAUUCCAGAGGGACGCACUGUGGAUGAUUGCUGUUGUCCGGACAAUCCAGCCAACAAGGCUCUGAAACUCAAUAGCAUCAAGUCACGGUGGAAGAAAGGCAUGUGUUUUGGAGAAUUCAACAACAUUACCAUUCAGACGUUUCAUAAGCAAUUGGAUGCAGCUGAGUAAGGGACAACUGUACAUAAUAAUUUGCGUUGUGAUCGAAAGAUGACAAACACACCGAGGAUGGAUAUUGCUACUAGCAACAGUAGAUAGUACGGCUUUGGAAAACAGGGUUCUUAUAAUACGAUAAGAACAAAUGGGAUACAGAAAAGGGCAAAGUAAUGCUUGAAGGAGUGGUGUCUUCCUAUUCACAAGAAGUUUAUAACAGAUGCCUAUGCAGCUUAGUAAAGAUAGCCAUAUUAUGAAACUC